AGGCAACCGAUAGGGUCGUUUUGAUCCUAGUUUCGUACCUCUUAGAUUCUCUCUAUACACGGACGUGUUUACUGUGUCUAGCAAAUAAUAUUGAGCCUAUGAUGGAUAUGAUGCCUAUUACUGCAUCUACCUCACGCAUCAUUGUUCUCUCCUCGACGUCAACCGAAGCCCGGGAAUUCGUCGAACGUAUAAAGGCUUUGUCCGGCAGGUAUUCCCAUAGCCUCAGUAAGCCAGAACAAGGAACUUCGUUACUCUCUUCGAGCGAUUCGGGCAGCGACAGCAUACCAUGGACGAUUGUGAAUCGUUACUACACGGCUGACGUACAUAUUGAAACACGUACUCUCCAAGAUUUCAGUGCACAUCAUGCGACAUCUGUACCAGCUGUUAUAUACGUAUGGAACAAUGGAGAGAAGUAUCAGGAGCACAUCCCGUCCAUUACGAGCAAGCUUCAGAGUCACAAUCCUGAGGUCUUGUUAGCGGUUCGAUUUGGUGGUGACCAUGCUGUUCAUUCCGAUGAAGAAGAUGGCUUGGACGAGCUCUCGUCGUCUCACGGCUUCGAAUACAUUGAUGGUGAUUUAGGAUGCCGACGACCUAACGGAGAUAGUACAGGAUUAUCUGACGAGCGGAGCUCAGGUGUACCGGGUCUGCCUCGUGUUAUCGAUGCCUUAAGCACCAUUAUGUGGCCCUCACUUGUUCUGUCGGAUGCAACUAGGACUGGAAAGAGUCGCGCACGAAACCUGGCAGGCUGGGCACGAGCUGAUGAGGAAGAAGACAGAUUACACGCUCUCGUUGCUCAAUCCUAUCCCGAAGCAGGUGUCACACACAACGCGAAUCCUAAACGGAGUCGCAUGCAACGAGAAAUGGAGACGCUCGAGUGUUGGCUGGAGCAAGAAGAACAUGACGCCUCAGGGCUUCGCAAGGGAGACGACAGAAAAGCGUGGAUGUCUGCCGAAGAAGCGAAUGCAUGGCAGGAUACCCGAAAUCCUACCAUUGUCACUCCCCAUGGCGGAGAACUUGGAUUUAACGAUGAUUUUGAUGACUUUGUUGCCGCACCGAUAGGAGUAUCUUAUGGACACGAGAGACAUACCAUGCGCGAACGCAGGGAUCACCUAGUCCCUAUACACAGCGAUGCUUCAGAACGUUCUGUUACAUCUACAGAGGGACUUUCAGAAACCGGGGACAGUACCGUCGUUCAAGGCCAUAAUCCCCUGGACGAAAUCGAUGACAGAGACCCUGACCUUCCCUCUCAACAGGAGAUAGAAGAGACUACGAGAAGCAUUUUCGGACCCCAGAUUGAUGUUUUGCCGCGCCCUGUCCAUCUUUCCUCAGGACAACCCCCUGAUCAUCAGUCAUCAACAAUCCCAGAGUCCGAUUCGUCCCUCACUUUCUCCACUUCUGACGGAAACGAAGAUUUUGACUUCAGUUCGUUCGAUCUCUCACGUGUACUGAGUGCUUUGCAAGGCAUGAAAGAGGAGAUAUCUGGUAUCACGGAUGUGAGUGAAAGGCGGAAAGCUGCUGCUCGAGUUGUACUGGGCCUGAUUUACGGUUUGGAGAAAGAAGACGCGAGGAUAGGCGAAAAUGGCUAAAUUGUCUCUUUUCGAUGUACCAUUAUACAGACUUAGGAAUUGCAUCAUUUGUAAGGCUCACCGCCUGCCUGAUCUAUUUAAUGCAAAUUCUCUUGAUGGAUUUUGGAAGUACAUAAUACACGACGUCAACGACGACGACGUUCAAACGCGUCGCCACAAUCGCGUUGUGUGGCUCUGUUUGGCCACCGUAUUUGAACUGGGACGCUAACGCUUGUCGCGUCUCUACUUGUCACCACCUCGUCCAGUGCACUCCGCAUGAAGCCUCUUCAAGAACGUCGACGACGAUGAGCUCGACCUCUGCGUUCUUCCGAAGACCCGUUACGCUCCAGGUGCCCCGUCCAGGAUCAUAGUGCCUGUCUUGCCUUUGGUCUGGUGGCUGCUUCAAACCAACACACUCCACUCCUAACCGAAUUGGGAUGUAGAGGAUGGAACAGCUUGAGCAAUGGCUGAUUCUGAGCAAUGAAUCGGCGAGUGAUUG